AUGGACUUGAGACGAGGUCUCUGUGCAGCGAAGCAGGGUUUAGGGGCACGAGUAAUCGAAACGGGUGCAGAAGAUGUGCUGGUUUUCGCCUAUGGAACGACACCACGGGAGCCAGCAGCCGACUCGGUGGCAGCGAGAGCGGCCCCUGGAACCCUCAGUGGACGCUGGGGCACUCUGGACGAUGCCUCGCCCUCGGAGACUGACUCGGAGAGUCUAAGUACAUCCUCAGGUUCUAUGAGCAGCUCCUCAUCCGCGUACACUUCCGAAAGCGACUGGGACGGGCUCGGCACCAACGGCGAGGCCGCAGCGCCGUGCGCUGGCGUCUUGUCAACGCGUACCUCUCCGCCGGUAUCGGAGCCAGUACAGCGACGGAUGAACAGACAGAAAACACGGCUAGCAAGCUUUCUCGAACCUGCCGUUGGUCAUGCGGGAGAGGUGGUGCGUCGGCUGUCUCCGUCGUCGGCACGCCAGCACAGCACCCUGGGCCUCUUCUGGCAGGGCGCGAGUCCGCGAACUUACCGAGGACCCAGCCAGCACGUACCAGCAGUAUCCUCGACACCGCGGUCUGGAAAGGCGUUCGAGGAUGUCUAUCGAACGGAGACUCGGACGAGGACAAGCCCCGAUACGGAAGCAUCGCCCGACGCUCUAGGGAGUAGCGCACAGGAAGCACUGCACACGAACCGGCAACUUGUGCCAGCAGCACGUCGAGAACGCGUUCGUCCUCCGCCGAUCGAUACAGCGUUCGCUCUUCCACAAGCACAUGGACACGCGAACAAGUGGUCUUCUCUGGUGGCGCUGAGACAUCUGACACUAAAUGGUCAGCCAGGGAGCCCUCCGAAUUCGAUGACGCUCCUCCAGGCGGACGCGAUGCAUCGUUCACUGCUCGACUCCGAUGCAUCUGAAUCGGAGCCGGAUUCAGCUGUUUGCUCUGGUCGAACGGGAUCUACACAGUGUGCAGGGCUUUCUUCAGAGACGCCGCUCGCUUCGAUACCGCUGAACGGUGCAGUGCGCUUUGGACCCGGUGAGGUCCUGAUCCCCGUUCGCUGCGCUUUUGCAUCUGCGUCUGCUGCUGGUGAACCUGGAAUGCAGCCUCUCCUUGCUGUUGCUCAUGGCUAUCCGCGUUUCCCGAUGUUUCAGCAUGCAGCUGGAGCCUGUCCUGUGUCUUCGUCAUCGUCGUCAGCGACGACGAGCAUGUCACCGCGAGGCGCCAUGAGUCCCCCGUCGGAUCGGCGGGAGGCGUUCUGGCAACGUUCCGCACAUCGCCGUGGCGCCUGGGCAGGUUCGUUGUCGUCCUUGUCGCCGGGUCCUGUCCUGAAUCAGAGCUGGAGCUCCAUCUAUCGCAGCAACCAGAGGUACGAUGGAGGCCGUCUUGGCCUAUCUUCGGCAUCAAGCGCGACACCCCGGACGGCUUGUGCGACCGGCACGCAGCCGCUGCUGUCGCCGUCAUCAGCGCUACGGUCGCAUCGCAGGCUGCAUCGACGGCUUGACGAGCUGCUCGACGGCAUCCUCAGGCACGAUCGAGCGCUUGCAGAAGACGACUGGUGGCGUGAGCUGUCGGGUCUGGUCGCCGAUGGGCUCGUAUCUGCUGCGAAUAUUUUCUAUCGCCUGAGCGCACACCAUGCGCUGCGUGAGCGAACGCAGCGCUCCGAAACAGCGGCCUACGGAGCGCUGCAUAUCACCCUGCACCUGAUCCUGAACGGUCCGCUGGAGGCACUCGCUGAGGCUGUUGCCAACGGUCAGGUGGAUUUUUGGCAAGCGCUGCAUGGGCACUGGCACGCGCAGUUGCCCGACCUCAAAUCCCUGAGCGAAGCCGAAACCGCGCGACACUGGCGUAUGAUCUUCCUCGUUGAAGUCGUGGAGUAUCUCACGCGCAAGUUGCGCUUUCACGAAUCAUACCCGCCAUUCGAAGCCAACUACGCUCUCGGACGCUUUUUCCGACGCGUCGAACUGGAGUCUACGGAUAGCUUCCGCGUCGUGGAGAACCAGGAGACCCAGCGACAGCUUUUUUCGCUCGACACUGUGACGGAAAUGGUCUCGAUUCUGCAUUGUCUGCUGGAUGCGGAACUCGGUCUCGCACGGAACGCUGGUCGAUUCCUGGCAUCGCGGUCCGAGACGGCAUCAUCCACGUCAGGCACCGUGACGGAAGCGGAUCCCGUGCUGCAGUUGUAUCGGGAGCAGACGCAUUUGGGUGGCCUUUUAGCGCUUCUAGCACAAGAUGCUACAAAUCUAUAUCAAAUGGUCGUCUAUAUGAUGAGCCGCAUGCAUGCGCGCCUGGGCAAGCGCAGUGUGAGCACGCAGCGUUCGCACUGCGGCACGAGCGGGAACGCUACCACCGCGACACCAACAGCAACCACAGCCUGCUCAUCAUUAUCAGGUAGCGGAUGCACUGCCUCCGAGGCUGCAGACCUGCGAGAACUGGCUGUGGUGCUGCAGGAAAUGAGCGGGUACCUUCGCAAAUUCUUUGAACGACUUUUGGAGGCGGAUCUCAUUGAGCAGGUCCCGUACAUUCCACCACAGCUAUUGAUUCCCGCCCCCGAUGCUUGUAUGGUGCCAUCUCGUUUCCCGUUUCUGGUGAUUGCGCGCUUCACGAACUUUGCGGAUUUGCAUCGGGCGAUUGCGUCUGGCGCGCGAUCCGAGGCAGCCGCUCGAUCGAGGCCUUGA